UGGUAAUGAAAUAAAUAUAAAUCGGGCAGUGCAUGAUAUAAAUCGGCAAGCGUCAUGACGAGCCAAAAGAUUACACUGGCGCACGGUGAUCUGUUUUCUAGAUUUCCAUCGAGUGUAGAACAGAAUGCGAGGCAGCGGAACAGGAGACAGAGAAAGUGCAUGGUGAGCAAAAGGUGCGGGAGGUGCGGAAGGAAGGAUAUUGAUCGACGGUAGGAGUGCGCGCAUGGGAGAUCCUCUCUGUCCCACCCUGCGGCCUGCAUCCACCUAGGUGGCUGACGAUGGAAUGUGUAUCGUGUCAGUUGGUACUUUAGAAUCCACACCACACCACGAUCACAAACGGUCCGACAAAUCGGGUGCCGGGAUCGGGAAGUUGGUCGGUGCUCUGCGCCAAGGGUGUGUCGUGCCGUGGACACUGUGAACCUCGAUGAGAGGACGACGAACUACGCCGGUCCAAACAUUCAAGGACCGGUCGGCGUAACAGGAAGUAGAAGGGACACGCGACGAAUCCAUUCAUUAUUGGUGAUUUCACGAAGCCUCCGCCGUACAUGACAGACUUGUGCGCUCAGAUGUGAACAGUCAAAUAGGCACGUUCUGCAUGUGUUAUCGUUCGCGAGAGUGUACAUGUAAUUUAUUGGCAUUGAUUGGGAACAGUAGACACGCGAAGCGAAACCACAGUACACGCAUACUACGUACUCUCUCUCUCAUCUGUUUUCUUUCCCCUUUUUGCCUUAAUCGACACCACAUUGACACUAAUAUCGCCAGUCAAUUGUCAUUAGUGUCAAUUGAAUAAAUAAAGGGAGAGAGAACGAGAGAGAGAGAGAGAGAAAGGGAGGGGGGGAAAUCAAAAGAAACGAAACCAUGGCGAAUUGGGACUGGGAAGACACCGACUGGGAUUGGGAAGAUACGGAAGAAUCAUCCUGUGGAGAGGAGCAGAAGCAGAUUAUCUCAGAGCCAGAGAUUGACAAGGAGUGGCUCCUUGGUAUCCUAAGGGAAUUUCACAAAGAACCGGUCACAAUAACCGAAUGUAACGUAAGUCCGGGCUGUAUGAGUAAUGAAAGCGCGCUCAGUGCUAUAAUUCGUGUUAAACUCAAGUACGUGUUGAACGACACAAACACUACGCAAGAUCUGUCGCUUAUCGUCAAAGAGCUUCCAAAAGAUGCGUUCAGUCGGUUCUUUGUUAUCGAAGGCCAAUUCGAUCUUCGAGAAAUUAAAUUUUACACACAGGUUAUGCCCGACCUGAAAGAAUUUCAAAAGAAGCAACUAGCAUCCCAGGGAAAUGAAUCGGACGAGGAAAUUGUCUUGUCGGUUCCAGUAUGCUAUCACGCACAUUACACACCAGCCGACGAAUCGGACGAUAACCCUACAACACCAGAUUCUAUUCUGGUGCUACACGAUCUCCGUGACUAUGAUUUUCGACAUAUUAAAUUUCGCGAGGGAAUGACAUACGAUCAAACUAAAGUUGCGUUAGAUGCUAUAGCACGUAUACACGCGCAUUCUCUCGCAAUGAAAGUUGUCGAGGGAGAGCCUUUGUCCGAACGUUAUCCAUUCCUCUUCCAAACAGCGAAAGCAACGGACUCGUAUCAACAGUUAGUUGAACGUGGUUUGCCACAACUUGCCAAAUUUUUGAAAAGUACCCCGGGAUUAGAAGAGAUACUCGAGGCUUUGCUUGUACUACGACCUAGAACUAAGCAUAUAAUAUCGGCACUUCUUGCACCGGAGGGACCGUUAGCCUUGAUAACACACACAGAUUUCUGGUGUAAUAAUCUACUUUUCAAAGAAGGGCCAUCCGGCCUCGAAUGCUGCAUCCUCGAUUGGCAAAUGGUCACCUAUAGUAGACCAACUAAUGACAUCGCUCUGUUGUUAGUGAGUUCAUUGCCAACUGAAUUACGUCGAAAACACACAGAAACCUUCCUUGAUAUCUACUGGGAGGCUUUAAAUAGCACGACUUCUCGUCUUGGCGUUGACAUUCCUAAAGAUUUGGGCUAUACAAGAGAAGACUUAAAUAAGGACUACAGACGAUCGCAACUUCUCGCUCUUCUACUUUGUAUUGGAUCCGUAGAUGUUGCUUUAGGCGAUGCAGAUACUGAACAACGCUUGAUCGACGUUUUAAAAGACCUUCAUAAUGAAGGUGUACUUACAGAUGAGACUGCGAUUGCUAAUAGCGAAAACGACUCUUAGUCAGCGUUAUUACUGCCCAUGAUAGUGCUGCAGCGAAUUAAUACUUCUAUACGAAAUGUAAAUCGAGAAAGCAAAAGUUAUAGAACUGAUUGUUCAACAGCUCGAUUCGUCUGCCAUUGCGACUAACGUAAUACAUCUCAAGCAAAAAGGCUUGUAUCGAUAAUUAUGUAAUUGCGGAAUCGAAAUCACGAAGUCAAGUAUAUGAGAAUAGAAUUGAUGUUAGACUUUUAUGUUUAACAGUAUUUCAAUAUUGGAUUGUUCUUGCGAUAUGUACACCCACAAUUUAGUAAGAACGUUAAGUAAACAAAAAAAUCAAUAAACAUUAUAUAAAGUUUUCAAAUUAAAAACGAUUCGAAAUGUAAAAGAAUUGCUAAUACGUGCCAUAACAAAUAACUUAAGUCCGGGGAAACAUUUUUCUCCACGAGUCAGUUAAAUACAACAAUAUGUUUGAUUGAAAUUUCUUGAAAGUUCUUUUAUCAAAAUUUCUUCCCGCAAUUACUAUAACGGCUAUACGACCGACAUUCUGUUACUGCUAAUUCACAUAUGCAAUAAUUAUAUUAUCCCAUUUCUUUGUACAAACUAUAUAAAUAAAAUACUUUGAUGUUGUCAUGAAUUUA